UCCCGGUCAUUUUACUGUUUAAUCGAACAAUGGAGAGGGAAGAAUUUCUUGAUCUCCCACCCGGCUUCAGGUUCUAUCCAUCUGACGAAGAACUUAUCGUUCACUACUUGCAAAAGAAAGUGAAUUUUUGUUCAGUUCCUGCUUCAGUGAUUGGAGAAAUCGAGUUGUACAAGUUUAACCCGUGGGAACUUCCAAGAAAAACAUUUUCUGGGGCGGAUGAGUGGUUCUUUUUUAGCCCGAGGGACAGAAAAUACCCAAAUGGAUCGAGGCCAAAAAGGUCUGCAGGAUCGGGUUUUUGGAAGGCGAUGGGGAAAGAUAAGCCGAUUUUUGCUUCUUCAGGGUCAAAAAAGAUUGGACUUAAGAAAGCUUUGGCGUUUUUUAAAGGAAGUCCAACGAAGAAUGUCAAGACAAAUUGGACCAUGAGUGAGUAUAGAUUGCCCGAGUCAUCUAGCCGAUCAUCUAGACUAAACGGAUCGAUGAGGUUGGAUGAUUGGGUGUUGUGUCGGGUACGACAAAAAGGCAACAAGUCAAAGAACAAAUCGAAAGCAGAAGAAAACCCAAAGAGUCAACUUCCGAUUACAACACAGGAACUCCCUUCACCGUACAUCGUUACAAACGCCAAUUUGGACAUAAUCUCGGAUCAUAUGUUCAAAGAUUUUCAAUUUAUCUCGGCUUCAAUUCUUGCGGGUCAAGAUCUUCCUUACAUUAUUGAGACUAGUUCCCCCAAACAACUUCAAGGUACAAAAACCGACAAUUAUGGCUUAGCAUUUGAAAACGGGGAGCUUUGCGAAGAAAACAUGUCAUUUAUUGCAAAGGACGAGAGUGCUAAACGCACAAACGUGAUAUGUGAUGAUCCAUACGAUGUUCUUAACAUGGUACAUUUGGAUGUUGUGAUGAAACUCAUAAAAGAUGGAUGA